CUAGGGAGCGGGUGGGUCUGCAUGCCUACGCGCAUCCCGCACUGCUGGGGAUGGGGGUGGGGGCAGCGGAAGAGGGUGGUGGUGAAGGAGCCCUGGGACGCUUGCCAGGAGCCCACGCAGGUGUGAGCACGUGCUGGGAGGGCUGAAGCAGCCCGGCAGUCCGAGCGUCAGGGCCCUGGGAGUAGGACAAGCUCUGGUCCCUAGGCGCUGCCCCCUCAAACACUCCCUCCCUCCCUCCUCUCCCAGCGUUCAGCACCCAGCCUCUUUUCCCCCUCCCUCUCCUCCUCCCUCCAACCCCCAAGCGUGCCUCCACGCCUGGAGCUGCGGCUCCCUCCCAGAGCAGUGCAGAGCCGAGCCCGGAGCAGAGCAGAACCAAGAGGGGUGAGGCUAGCGGGGCAGGGAAGGGGCACCGGCUGCCUCCCGGUGACCACGCCCGCCGUGGCUGGAGCCUCUCAGGGAAGAAGCUGAGAGCCCUCCUAUUCACCUCCUCCUUCUCCUGUGCCGAGCUUAAGCCGGGAAAGUUUUCCCGCGGAUUUUCAUUGCUGCUGAUGUUAAGUUACCAAAAUGACCCUCUUGCCUGGAGAAAACUCCGAUUAUGACUACAGUGCCCUGAGCUGCACUUCUGAUGCCUCCUUCAGUCAUCAGCAUGCAUUCUUUCCUCGGUCUGAGUCCCUCAAGGGUGUGUUUUACCGCAGAGCCAAGAGACUUCACCCCAAAGACAAUGUCCACCAAAGCAGUCAACCUGAAGACCGCAAGAGGCAGAUCAUCAUCAACGUGGGGGGGAUCAAGUACCUGCUGCCAUGGACUACCUUGGAUGAGUUUCCCCUGACUCGUCUGGGCCAGCUGAAAUCCUGCACCAACUUUGAUGACAUCCUCAACGUCUGCGAUGACUAUGAUGUGACCUGCAAUGAGUUCUUCUUCGACCGCAACCCUGGGGCCUUCCGGACAAUCUUGACUUUCCUCCGGGUGGGGAAGCUCCGGCUGCUCAGGGAGAUGUGUGCCCUUUCUUUUCAGGAGGAGCUUUUGUACUGGGGCAUCGAGGAGGACAACCUGGACUGGUGCUGCCGGCGGCGAUACUUGCAGAAGAUAGAGGAGUUCGCUGAGAUGAAUGAAAGGGAGGAUGACCUGCUGGAGAGUGAGAGCCCCGGGGAGAUGGCCGAGGAGACCGGGCUGGGCCAGUGCAUGAAGAGGCUGCAGGACAUGGUGGAGAGGCCUCAUUCGGGGCUGCCAGGGAAGGUGUUUGCCUGCCUGUCUGUGCUGUUUGUGACCAUCACCGCAGUGAAUCUGUCUAUCAGCACCAUGCCCAGCCUGAGGGAAGAGGAAGAACAAGGUGAAUGCUCCCAGAUGUGCUACAACAUCUUCAUUGUGGAGUCAGUGUGCGUGGGCUGGUUCUCCCUCGAGUUCCUGCUGAGGUUCAUCCAAGCACCCAGCAAGUUUGUCUUUCUCCGGAGCCCCCUGACUCUGAUCGACAUAAUCGCCAUCCUCCCUUAUUACAUUACUCUGGUGGUAGAUAGCACAUCUGUGGGCCAAAAAAAGCCUAGCUCUGGCAACAGCUACCUGGACAAGGUGGGCCUGGUGCUCCGCAUCCUGCGAGCCUUGAGGAUCUUGUAUGUCAUGAGGCUGGCGAGACACUCUCUGGGCCUGCAGACGCUUGGGCUCACGGCCCGACGGUGCACCCGGGAAUUUGGGCUCUUGCUGCUGUUCCUUUGUGUGGCCAUUGCCCUCUUUGCCCCAUUACUUUAUGUCAUUGAGAACGAGAUGGCUGAUAGCCAAGAAUUCAGCAGCAUUCCAGCCUGCUACUGGUGGGCUGUCAUAACCAUGACCACGGUGGGUUACGGUGACAUGGUGCCCAGGAGCACCCCCGGCCAAGUGGUGGCCCUGAGCAGCAUACUUAGCGGCAUCCUCCUUAUGGCGUUCCCUGUGACCUCCAUCUUCCACACAUUCUCCCGCUCCUACCUGGAGCUGAAGCAGGAACAGGAAAGGGUCAUGUACAGGAGGGCACAAUUCCUGAUCAAAACCAAAUCACAGUUAAGUAACAUGUCACAGAACAGCAAUGUUUUAUUUGGCAGCACCUCCUCAGAUACAAGAGACAACAACUGAAACGAGGCAACUCCAAACCACUUAAGUGGCCUCAGCAGUGAGGUCACCCCAGAGAUCACCCUGAUGUCUAUGACAGCUGAACAGUGGACACUGUCCCUGCAGAGACAAGAGAGAAAAGGAGGGUUACACGUGGAGUUUGGGCCAUUCCCCAACACAUAGCCAUGGAUGGGCCCCAUGUUUUGCCACAGUUAGUAGUUCAUAUCCAUCAAUAAAGAAAUGAGUUUUCUUCCUCUUUUUUA